UCUACUGCGAUAAAUUUAUCAAAAAUACUGUGCUCAGCUUAUAUAAAUUUCAAGAUUCUUUCCUAAUAUACAAUCUAAAAAUAAAAACCUAAAAGCUAUGGGUACCUUGGGCAACUCAUUAACUAUUUUGCGGGAGCGCCGCCGCUUCGGACGCCAGUGCCUCUUCACCGACCGCAACGAGAUGAUCCUCAGCAUUCAGCCGAGCGGACGCAUGCGCCUGAAGUACAUCCUGCGCAAUCCUAUUAACGAGGGCACGCAGUUAUCCGAUCAGAUGGCGCUCUCCUCGAUCAUUACACACAACGUGGUCUUGGACUCGCACGGUAUUAACCACUACGAGGGCGGCUGGAACAUCAAGGAGGUGAACGUUAUGGACGAAGAGUCCACACUGCGCUACCGCAAGAAGGUCGAGAGGGAGGACUCGUGGGGCAUUGAAGUGAACCAGCUAAUCCGCGAUGUGAUGACGAUCAGCUCCCAGAACAACUCAAUUAACAUCUAUGAGGACUAUUUCAAGGACUUGCCAGAGGACCUUGGACACGGACUCAAGGUGCGUUUAAAUGCCAGAGGCAUCAACGUCUUCCACGACCUGUGGUUACCACAGCGCAAGCUGACCAUGUGCGAAUGGCUGAACACUGACCCGAACCAGUUCGUACUGUCGUACGUUAACGCUGGCAACCAGAAGCUCCUCAACAUGUUGCCUGACUUUGGCAACGACAACCGCAAUGCCUUCUACGUGUGGGACGUGGACGACCCCACACGCCCGGUGGCCCACUAUGACUCCGACAAGUUGGUGCAGAUCGCCAAGGUCUGUAUGCGCGACGAGAACUACAUGGUGGGUGGCCUUAACAACGGCCAGGUGUGCUACUGGGAGACCGCCGAGAUGGGAGCUCCAAAAAGGAUAUGUCCGCUGGAGGCCUCCCAUCGAGAGGAGACAUCGGCCCUGUGCUGGGUGCACAACAAGGCAAACACCGAGUUUUACACAGGCUCGCUGGACGGGUCCAUUAAGUACUGGGACUCUCGGGACAUGGUAAUGCCGGUGAACGAGGUGCUGGCCGAGCCGUUUCCCGAGUUGGUGCAGAACCGUCAGGACGCGCACGGGGUUACCGUCAUGGAGUUUGAGUAUACGAUUCCGGUGCGCUACAUCAUUGGCACCGACAUGGGCUACGUGUUCGUGGGCAACCGGAAGGGCCUCACGCCACAGGACACAAUUAUAGCUGCUUAUCCGAUGUUCGCCGGCCCCAUCCGCAGCGUUAUGCGUAAUCCGUUCUUCGUGAAGAACUUCCUGCUCAUCGGCGACUGGCGCGCGCGCAUCUGGUCGGAGGAGGUGAAAAACUGCCCGAGCACCUUCUACUUCCGGAGCAAGCACCAACUGCUCAGCGGCGCCUGGAGCACCGGUCGCUGCUCGCUCUUCGUCACCGGCGACGAACGCGGAAACUUGCACUUCUGGGAUCUCCUCAUGAGUCAACAAAAGCCCUUUCAGACCGUCAAGUUUCCGCAUGCCAUCACCAAUUUGGUCUUUCGGCCAGAUGGUCAUAUGCUCACUGUGUGCCUCAAGAAUGGAGACUGCAUUAUUCUGAAAUUGGACGAAGGCAUGCGAAGCGCCACAGUCAAGGAGAAGUCGCUCAUAAUGGCGAUGUUCGAGCGAGAGAUUUUUAGAUGCAAGCAUCUCGAGGCUCGGGAGGAGGAAAUGAAGCUGAAGAAACGCCUUAGUAUGCCUAUUAAGGAGGAGGAGACCGUACCCCUCGAAAAGAUUGACCCCAAGAAGAAAAAGGUGCCACCCAAAAAGGAAUUAUCAGAGCUAGAACAGAAAGAAGAGGAGGCUAAUGCUUUCCUGAGGGCCGUUCAAAGCGAUGUUGAGCUUACCCAGGCUCUGGUGGAUUUCAAUGAGGCUACAGACGCCAUCGCCGCUAAGCGCUCCAAGAGGGUGUUCGUCGUGGAGCGCACUGUCUUCGAGGUGGAUCAGUACAAUUAAAGCGCGACUGAGGAUUUUAAUUGCUUACUUUUUCUCAUGCAUAUCUUUCGUAGCAAUUUCACAUUCUGUAUUCUGUAAUCAAUGUAUGCAUUCUAAUAAAUGCUCUGUUAAGCUGGA